GGCUCACUCUGCGUUGGGGUGGCUGCUGCGGGGAACCUAUGAUGGAUGGGGCCAUUCCCAAAUUGCCCUUGUGCUGGUCUGGCUUGCGGGGUGCCACCCUGUGCCCCACAAACACCUUCCUGCUGGGCUGUGGAGUUGCUUAGUGCAACCCCGAUGGGUGGCAGAGAUGUGGCUGGGACCAGGGUGGGGCUCAGGAGUAUCUCCGGCAGUGAUGCUCCGGUGGUCGCCACCUCCGUGGCAUCAAUGCCCAUCCUCUCUGGGGUCUUGGGUGGCAUGAGGGGACGUGUCCGCUGGCCCGCUGGCACAGCACAUCCCCAGCUCACCACCCCUAACUGAGCUCCAAUUCCCAGCGUUCAGCUCCUAAAUACCUGUGCUGCUCGGAAAUGGUAAAAUCUCCACCAUGGGCUGACCAAUCCCUGAGCCGGCCGGGGCCCAGUGCCCAGGUGGCCGUUCCCACGCGGUGCUGCAUGGUUGUGCCGUGCUGGGCCGGAUGGGGAACCAUCAAUGUGGCCGGGAAGGAGGCGUUUCCCAGCCCCACGCUGGCCCUGAGCCAGGCUCCAGAAUGAGACGCCUUGCACCACGCCACAGCUGGCGGCGCACAGGGAGCUCCCACUCACACCUCCCCGUGGUAUAAAACCCCAGCGCGCCACAGCCCGUACAGACCCAGGAGAGCCCGUGGAGCAGCUACCCAAGACCCCGUCGGAGAGGACAGCCCCACCACUGCUGCCACCAAGGACCUACAGACCCCGUGAGGAGCAGCAUGGGCCAGUGCAACUGCCGCAAGAAGCGCAAGGACUGCCAGGAGCUCACCGAUGUGGAGCGGGCCAUUGAGACCGUCAUCAACCAGUUCCACUGCUACGCAGUGAAGGGGCAGAAGGAGUACCUGACGCCCAACGAGAUGCAGGAGCUGGUGGUCCAGAAGCUGCCCCACCUGGGGAAGUGUGUUGGACCACUGGAUGAGAAGAUCGAAUGCAUGGGAGACCCUGACGAGGCCAAGCUGGAGUUUGGAGAGUACUGGGACAUGAUGGGGGAUGCGGCCAAGGGCUGCCGGAGGAAGUAGAGGGCAGCGGGGGACGGGAAGGCGCCCGAGGCCUCAGGCUCUGCACCGAGAAGCGCGAGAGGCUGCUGGUCCUGGUGGGAUGCGCCUGGGAAAAUGCAGCGUUGCUCCUUCUGGGGCUCGUCUCCUCCCCGUGUCCCCGACUGGGGUAGAGGGAUCCCCUUCCCUGGCUCCAUCCCUGCCCUCUCUCAGCUCUCCUUCCCGUCAGGAAACCUCCCUUCCCAUCCCCAGCUCUGGCCUGUACUGUGGCAGGAGGGAGGUGGCAAGGGGGUUCCUGGCCUGGGCUCUGGAGCUGCCUUUCUCCGUCCUUUGCUUCAGAGCCUUUAUCCCCGGGGUUGUCCCACCUCUGGCCCCAAAACCCCUCUGGUUGCAGGUCCCCCAGCCCCGGAGCAUCACAGUGAGAGGGACUCGGCUCAUUUCCCCCCAAAAGCCCUUGGAUGUGCGGGCUCGUCCUCCCGGCCCUGUGCUCUGCCACCUGAUGGGAGCCACUUUGCCACAGUCCUGCCUCAUACUUCGAGCACCUUUGGGGGCAUCCCAGGCUCUGGGCCAGCACCGACAUUGCUGUGCAUGGCCUGAGUGUGUUCCCUGUUCUUCCCUGGUGCAGGGACUGUGGUGCCCUGCGCCUGCCGAGGUUUUGGGGUGCUAUGCUGGGGUGUGCUGCCUGCAUGGUGCUCCCCUACCUGCCCCUCUCCAGGGAUACUGGCCCCCAGCUGGCAGCUGGGCUCGGGGCUGGGACGGUGGCGGGUUGUUAUCAGCUUGCAUCACUUGCAACCAUUUUUGUAUAAAUUAAUAAAGGAAAACACUGGAAAAAAACCCA